AUGGAUUUCAACUUUAAAAAGAUUGCCAGCGAUGCCGGUGGAUUCUUCAGCAGAGCCAAACAGCUCACCGAAGAAACAUUUCUGAAAGCAGAGCGUACCGAGCUGGAUUCACACUUCGAGAAUCUGCUGCAACGUGCCGACAAAACCGAAGAACACACCCGUCGCCUUCUUUCCUCAAUUGAGAGUUACUUGCAGCCCAAUCCAACCGUUCGUAUGGAAGAAGUCUUCUACGAAAAAUUGGAACUGAAGAAGGAUGGAGUUGUCCGACAGAACAACCUUGAGCAAUUGUCUACAGCGAUGACAGAAGCUGGAGAAACAUUUGGAGAGACGACUCCAUAUGGCUCGGCUUUGGUGAAAGUGGCUCAAACUGAGAAUAGAUUGGGACAAGCUGAAAGAGAACUUUGUGGACAAGCUGCUACCAACACUUUGCUCCCAAUCAGACGUUUCCUCGAAGGAGAUAUGAAAACAAUUCAGAAAGAGAGAAAGGUCUUGAACAGCAAACGAUUGGAUUUGGAUGCAUGCAAGAGUCGGCUGAAGAAAGCAAAGAACGUGGACACCCAGACAGUGACAAAUAGUAAAACCUCAGGAGGGUUUACAGUUGAACAGGCUGAAGCGGACGUGCGUGUUGCCCAAGCAGAAUUUGACAAGCAAUCGGAGAUCACCAAAUUGCUCCUCGAAGGAAUUCAGACAGCACACAACAAUCAACUGAAAUGUCUUCGUGAUUUUGUGGAAGCACAAAUGUCUUUCUACGCUCAAGCUCAUCAAUUGAUGGCCGAUUUGCAACGCGAAUUGAGCGGGACUAUGUCUUUCCGCGGAAGCUCGGCGAUUCUGGUGAACAAUAGCGGUGACCCACCAAACGGACGAACGAUGGCGGCGGCUAUUGCAGCAGCAAAGCCAACUGGAUUGCUUCCUGACGAUCUGGGGACCAAACAAGCCAAAGUGAUCUUGGACUACGAGGCAGUGCUGCCACAAGAGAUUAGUGUCACCCAAAAUGAUAUUCUCAUUGUGUAUCGCCUUCCCGGAAUGGAUGCAGAAUACGUGAUGGCUGAGAAGGGAGGAAAACGUGGGAAGCUGCCGGUCAGCUACAUCGAGCUUCUUUGA